UCAAGAGACAGACUUCAGGACCACAGACCAGGAAGCACAAAAGGACAUCAGUUGCCCCAAGAUGAAUUAGCCUCCUCUGCUCUGCCUGGGCCACUCAAGAACCAUGGCGCUGCUCACCCACUUGCUGGCCUGCAUCUUCGGGACAGGAUCUUGGAUGGCCAUCAACGGCGUGUGGGUCGAACUCCCCCUGCUGGUGAAUCACCUUCCGGAGGGCUGGUACCUUCCGUCGUAUCUGAUCAUCAUCAUCCAGUUGGCCAACGUCGGGCCGCUCUUCAUCACCCUGAUGCACAAAUGGAAGCCCCGGAUGUUGAGCGAGGUGCCCGUGGUCUGCGUCGUGGUCUCCCUGGGAGCUGCGGCCUGCUUCCUUUUGGCCUUUUUGUGGAACUAUACCACGUUAGUGGCCGGAAAGCCGCACAGCACGGCGUUCUUCAUCCUGGCCUUCUUCCUCUCCCUGGUGGACUGUACUUCUUCUGUCACCUUCUUGCCUUUUAUGGUGCGCCUCCACCCGCAAUACAUCCCCACCUUUUUCAUCGGCGAAGGCCUCAGUGGGUUGAUCCCUGCCCUCUUCGCUUUGGCCCAGGGUGCGGGGGUUUCUAGCUGUGUCAACGUAACGAUACCGAAUAACAACCCAACUGCUACCGGGGCAACCCUCGGCAAUGUGACCGUGGAAGAGGUCCACUUCCUUAUGAAAACCCAAUACUCCCCCGCCAACUUCUCCAGCCAGGUCUUCUUCAUCAUCCUUUCCGCCAUGAUGUUUUCCUGCCUCGCGGCCUUCUUCUUCCUCAACCGGCUGCCCAAGGUGUGGGAACUCUCGGCACAGAAUCUCUGCGCCAGCAGCAUCACCCUCAACUCAAUCCAGAAACUUCCCGUGGACGGACAAAGCCCCAUAGAGUUAGGAGUCUUCACAAACUACCCUGUGGAUGGGCAAAUGGCUAGCCCCACCAAAGAAGUGGACAAAGGAGACCCAGAGAAGGCCACCUACUCUCGGGCCCAGUUUGCCUUCAUCUAUUUCGUUGUCGCCUGGGUGAAUUCGCUGACCAACGGCAUCCUGCCGUCUGUGCAAAGCUAUUCAUGUUUGCCGUACAGCAACAUGGCUUACCACCUCGCGGCAACACUGAGCGCCAUGGCCAACCCUCUUGCGUGCACCAUUGCCACCUUUCUGCCUAGCAGAUCUCUCUCCAUCCUGGGGACCCUGGCGCUGGCUGGGACUGCCUUUGGAGUUUAUAACAUGGCGAUGGCGGCCAUGAGCCCCUGUCCCUUGCUGCAGCACUCGGCGUGGGGGGAUGCAAUCAUCGUUAUGUGCUGGGUUCUGUUCACCGGGACGCUCAGUUAUGUCAAAGUUAUGAUGGGGGUGAUUCUUCGCAGCCACAGCCACAGCGCCCUCGUGUGGUACGGAGCAGUGGAGCAGCUGGGAUCCCUGCUCGGAGCUUUGCUCAUGUUCCCGCUCGUCAACAUCUAUAGUUUAUUCAAAUCGGCUGAUUUCUGCAGCUUCCAGUGCCCGGCAUGA